AUGAGGUUUGCGCUGUGGGCGCUGGUCUGCACUCCCAUCAUCGACGCUUGGCUCACCCAACUCGAUCGAGUGUUUGGUGGAGGAUCCAAUAUGCUCGUGGUUGCGCAGAAACUCCUAGUCGAUCAGGUUUUCUUUGGCCCCUGCUUCCUGACUCUGUUCUUCACCUUCGUCGGGUUCUACGACUUUGUGACGCAAGGGAAGGACCUCAAGUUUCUCAACUUCAAGAAGUUGUUCAUGGAGCAAGUCCUCCCCACCCAUCGCAACGGAAUGAUGUUCUGGUUACCUAUUCACUUAGCAAACUUCACCAUCGUGCCUCUCGGGCUGCGAGUGGUCGUCAUCAACCUUGCUGGUUUGAUUUUCAACGUGAUGCUUGCCCUCCGUCUGUCCGUAGACCAUCCGUCUCCUCCUCACCGACCCGCCGACGACUUGCAUGCCCAGCUGGACUCGAGCCACGAGGCAAGGAAGGAGCUGAAGGAAAGCAUCGAGCAGGAGGUCAGCAAGGGACGUCUCGUUCCCUCCUUCAGCGGGGAGCGUCUACUGCGAUCCAUCCGUAGCAUUGAGAGUCUGCCUGUCCCCCCUUACGGCGGGAGGCUGAGGAGGAAGCAGACGUUUAUGUCAUCGGAUAUGGCGGCGAAACUCCCCUCAACCUUCAGCUCGCCGAUCGGGCUGAGGACAGGGUUCCGAUGCUUGUGA